AUGACUGAACAAAGACAAACUUCAGAAGAAUACAUCGUUAAGAGCUUCCAAGCUGAAGAUCUCGUUAAACUCACAAAUGAAGCAAACUAAAGACAUCUAGAAUACUCUCAAACUAAUCCUAAUGCCAAAGCUAACAUCUAUCUUCAAUCUGUUGAGACAUUAGAUGGUUUUGCUGAAUGUAAAGGCUACGAUUACAACAAGGGUGUUGAUUAUAAUGAGGUAUUCAAAACAUACAUCAAUACUGGAUUCCAAGCUUCACUACUGGGUUAAGCUAUUGAAGAGGUGAACAAGAUGAUCAAGUGGAGAUUAACUGAUGAACCAAUCGCUGAUAACGAGACUGAGGAAUAUAAAAUAAUGGAAAACAGAGAAAAAGUUAGAUGUACCAUCUUCUUGGGAUACACAUCAAACAUGACUUCUUGCGGAAUGAGAGAGUAUAUCAAGUAUCUCUGCCAACACAAGAUGAUUGAUGCUAUCGUUACUACCUGCGGUGGAGUUGAAGAAGACUUCAUGAAGUGCAUGGCACCACAUUAUCUCGGAGAUUUCUAUCUCAAGGGAAAAGAUUUGAGACUACAAGGCUUGAAUAGAAUUGGUAAUUUGGUCGUACCAAAUGCCAACUAUUGCAAACUAGAAGCAUUCAUGGUUCCAAUCCUACAAACUAUGCACAAGGAGUAAAAGGAGAAGGGUGAGAUCUGGUCUCCUUCAAAGAUUAUUAAUAGAAUGGGAUAGGAAAUCAACAAUGAAGAUAGUAUUUACUACUGGUGCUGGAAAAAUGACAUUCCAGUAUUCUGUCCCGCUAUUACUGAUGGAGCCAUCGGAGAUAUCAUCUAUUUCCACUCUUACAAUGAGCCAGGAUUCAUUUGUGAUCUCAGUUAAGACAUCAGAAAACUCAAUGAUCUCGCAUUGAAUGCUAAGAGAUCAGGUUAACUUAUCAUUGGUGGUGGAGUUAUUAAGCAUCACAUUUGCAACGCAAACUUAAUGAGAAAUGGAGCAGAUUACUCUGUUUAUAUCAACACAGGAUUUGAUAUGGAUGGAUCAGACGCUGGUGCUAGAGCUGAUGAAGCAGUAUCAUGGGGGAAAAUUAAAUUAGAUACUAGACACGUCAAGGUCUGGGCUGAAGCUACUCUCGUUUUACCUAUUUUGAUUGGAGAGACAUUUGCUAAGAAUUUCGAUCUUGCCAAGAGAACUUUAUGA